GGAGCAGUUGCGUUGUGAACAAUGCAAGGCCUCAUGGCAUCUUCCAAGCUGUCUCUGACCGUCGCCGUCGUGGUUUUUCUGCUCGGCAUGGCGGGCGCCGCCCACGGCCUGACGAGGGUGGUCGCCAACAGCCCCGAUGAGCCGUGCAUGAACAUGACGCUCUACUACCACGACAUCCUCUACAACGGCAACAACACGGCGAACGCGACCACGGCGGCGGCCACCAAGCCGACGGCGCUGGCCACGACCUACUGGAAGAACAGCACCUACUUCGGCGCGCUGAUGGUGUUCAACGACCCCAUGACGGUGGGGAAGGCGCUGCCCCUGGCCGGGGAGGAGCCGGCGGCACGCGCGCAGGGGUUCUACUUCUAUGAUAAGCAGACGCGGGACUUCUCUGUCGUCGGCGGCACCGGCGACUUCUUCAUGGCACGCGGCGUCACAACCAUCCGCACUGACACCAUCGAGGGCCUCUACUACUUCCGCCUGCAGAUGGACAUCAAGCUCUACGAGUGCUACCUCUGA